AUGCCAGGCUUAAGCGUGGAAGAUAUCCAAUCUCUGUCUCCCAAAUUCUGGAAAUUGCACACAGAUCCAAUACUAUGCGCCGAUGGUGCAGCGACUACCCUGUUAACCAUACAGUAUAAUUUGGUAGUUGGCACAUUGACAGCACUGGGCGCUGGCCGUGAAGAUAUUACCAAACUCAUUGAAGACCUGAUGACUUUCAAAACACUCGGGCAAUUCUGCUUAACCGAAGUGGGACAUGGCUUGGAUGCAGCCAGCUUGGAAACAACAGCGACUCUGCUACCUGAUGGCUCUUUUGAGCUUCAUACCCCGUCCGAAAAAGCUGCCAAAUUCAUGCCGCCUACCAUUCCCGUUCUCGGUCGUCCAUGCGUUGGAAUUGUGUACGCUCAAUUGGUUGUUGCUGGGGUUAGAAAAGGCAUACGUGCUUUUCUACUUAAUUUAAACGAUGGACACCACAUGAGUCCCGGGAUCUCGGCGAGGCUUCUUUCACCACGGCAUGGUUCCUCCCCCGUCAAUCAUUCCAUCACAUCAUUCCAUUCUGUAAAGGUACCCGCUUCAGCUUUGUUGGGAGAGUUCGACGCCUAUGGAUCUGACCGCAUGGGUUUCCUCCUUUCCUUAUGGCGGGUAGGGGUAGGUGCUCUGGCAUUGAGCUCUGUCUUGCUACCCGCCAUCCAAUUGUCGACUUAUAUCGCUGGGAAGUAUAGCUUGCGUAGAACCGUGAACGAUACAUUCGGGACUCGCGUUCCAAUCAUCACAUUCACGACGCAGCAUAUCCCUGUAUUGACGGCGCUAGCGCAUUCAUUUGUCCUCAAGUCGUUCCACGAAUAUGCUAUCAAGCAUUUUAUAGAUGGUUCCAUGGACUAUCGAGUCCGGCAUGGUGUGGCCGCUUGCUUCAAAGCCGUCAUGCUACGCGCUUGUCAUAGAUCAUUAUUAACCCUAUCCGAUCGCUGCGGGGCUCAAGGCCUGUUCGGACAUAAUCGCAUUGCAUCAUACUUUGAUGAAAUGCGAGGUAUAGGCAUUGCGGAGGGCGACGUUCUUGUCCUUUCGAUUCGUCUCGCAUCGGAAAUACUCAUCAAUCGAUAUUCACUCCCUGGCCCCGUCUUCGGCGAUGGUCUACUCUGCAAAUAUGAGAUGUGUAUAUUCGAGCACUUCCGGUCCAUCACUUCCUCGUUCGGUCAUCGAAGCCCAGAAUUUGCGUCACUCGUUCUUCCGAACUGUCUUAACAUGACCGAAGCCAUUGGUCAUCGCAUGGCAUAUGAAGCUGCCGUUGCCCAAGGCGUACCUCAAGAACUGGUCCAAAUAUUCGCUCACGAUGCCGUGAAGGACAAUCUGGCAUGGUAUGCCGAGCAUGGCUAUCUCACGGUCGAAGAGUUUGGUCGCAGCACUGCUACUAUAUUCUCUUCUGCUCUGCCGAAACUCAAGUCUUGGAUCGAAGAGUUGCAAGUCGCUCCUUACGUUUCGGCCGCGCCGAUAGUCUCGGACGAAAGCUGGUCUGUAUUUGUAGCUCAGCUGGACAAUUACACAGAUUCUUCCAGAGGGAGGGCUCGUGCACUGCUGUAG